GACAAGUUGUAUUUGAGAAGAAAACCAUCAAGGGGUGAAUUAUUGAAGAAAAAAAAGAAAGAGAAAGCAAGAUGUUGAAGCAAAUGUUGGAUUAUGCUUUCCAAGUUUCAUCAUGCACUUCCUUGCAGCCUAAAACCAAGCUUCAUAUUCAAAGUUUGAAAAGCAUGGAGGAUAACAAAACUGAUCAAUCGACAAAAGUCAUACGAAGCGCCAAUAUGGACAACUUGAGGACUGGGUAUUUAUUCCCUGAGAUAUCUAGACGGGAAUACGAACACUUUGAGAAGUAUCCAAAUGCAAAGAUAAUUAAACUUGGAAUAGGUGAUACUACCGAGCCUAUACCAGAGUGUAUUGCAUCCGCCAUGGCAAAACAAGCAAUGGCAUUAUCAACUGUUGAAGGCUACAGUGGGUAUGGAGACGAGCAGGGUGAAAAGGCACUUAGGAAGAGAAUUGCGGAGAAGUUUUACAAAAACAUGGACGUAAAGUGGGAAGAAGUGUUUGUCUCUGAUGGAGCUCAAUGUGACAUCUCUCGUGUUCAGAUGCUUUUUGGAUCACAUGUAACGGUGGCUGUACAAAAUCCCUCUUUUCCCGCAUACAUAGACUCAACCGUGAUUUUGGGACGAGCGGGGAACCUUCAAGGCCAAAACGGUAAGUAUGAAAGAAUAGUGUACAUGGAGUGUACACCCCAAAAUGGUUUCUUUCCAGAUUUAUCCAACACUCCAAGAACCGAUAUUAUCUUCUUCUGCUCUCCCAAUAAUCCCACCGGAACGGCCGCCUCCGCUGCUCAACUACGUCGUCUCGUCGAUUUCGCCACCGCCAAUGGUUCCAUCAUCGUCUACGAUUCCUCCUACGCCGCUUACAUCUCCGACGGCAGUCCUACCUCCAUCUUCCAAAUUCCUGGAGCCAAACAGGUCGCAAUUGAGAUUUCGUCAUUCUCCAAAUUCGCUGGCUUCACCGGCGUCCGUCUCGGCUGGACGGUUGUUCCGAAGGAGCUGUCGUAUUCGAAUGGAUUUCCGAUCAUAAAGGAUUAUGAUCGCAUUGUCUGUACGUGUUUUAAUGGCGCCUCCAAUAUCGUUCAAGCUGGUGGUCUUGCUUGCCUUUCCACUGAAGGUUUCCAGGCGGUGAGCAAAGUGUUGAAUCACUACAAGGAGAACGCGAAGAUUCUAAGAGAGGCGUUCCGUGGUUUGGGAAUGGAGGUGUACGGAGGCCAAAACGCACCAUAUCUAUGGGUCCAUUUUCCAGGUUCAAGCUCUUGGGAGGUAUUCGCUGAGAUUCUAGAGAAGACCCAUAUCUUAACCAUUCCGGGGAGAGGAUUCGGACCCGGAGGUGAGUCGUACAUCCGAGUGAGUUCCUUCGGCCAUAGACAAACCAUUCUUGAAGCUUCUAAGAGGCUCACCAGUAGUCUUCGCAAAUUUAACUUCAAUUAGGUGAGAUAUUAAUUUCUCUCCAUUUUCUCCACCCUUUAUAUUAAAUAAGUGGGAAAUGUUUUUGUCCUUUCAAACAAACUCCCACAAUAUAUUAAUAUAUCAACUUUGGGUUUGUAUUAUUUCUAUCCUAAACUAAUAAUUAAAAUUUUAUUAAUUUUUAUGAGUGUAUCAA